UAUACAUAUAUUAAUAUGUUUUUCAUAAAAAAUUAAAAUCUGUCAUUUCAGAAAUAUAGAACAACAAGUGAAAGUGUCAGUGCAGAUAACCAAUAUAAAUAAAAGAAAGGUAGAGCAUGAAGUUUAUGUUAGACCCACCAAUAAUUUUGGUGCUAUAUUUACAUCUCUGAGCUAGGCUUAACAGUAACACUGGAAUUAGCACCUUUCUAAUUCAACACUUGAAUUUGAUGGGAAACAUUACCUCUAUGUCCAUAAACUGUAACAAAUAGGACAGCUACAAUGGUCCAGGAGGCCCCUUGUUGUCCUUCAAAUGUUAUAUGUUAAAAAGGUAGGAAGACUAUCUAUAGAGGGAUUAGACAAGCCAUACUUUAGAUAUGACAGUUCUUGCACAAGAAUUUAUUUUUUGACACUCCAUAAAACUACUUAAAAAAUAAGUGAAUAACAGAAACACUAUUUGGCCAUUUGAAGUCAUCCAUUUACUACCCAUCCCAUUUCAAAGAAAAAGUGUAAUAAUUUCUUACAAGUAGUAUAAGAUUUGUUUUUUUAAGGAAAAUUGCUUUACAUGAAAGUUUUAAGCUUUUAUGGUGGUUUACCCAAUGAUUUAGCUUGCUUUGUCUUGUUUUUGUUAAGUCAUUUAUGAGAUACAAGUAUGAAUGUGAAAAGCAAUAUUGAGCUUGUUUUUGUGAUAAUAGUAGCAAUCCUUAAAGUGAAAAAAGUGACCUAUGUGAGUUGAUUGGCCUUCUAUUAUCUUGAAUGCUCUUAUAAUCAUAUAUUAUCUCAACCAAAUUAUUUUGCUCCUUCUUAACUCUGGUUUUCUUCUUAAACCAGUUGAAAAUUCCUUCCAAAUACUCGUAUGUUAAAUGAUCUAACACAUAUCAAUAAUGAAAUGUUCAUUAAAUCUGAGACUCUCUUUGUGAGUUUAUCCAGUUAAAAGAAUGCCCCUCAGCAGCACUGCUGCCUACGGUAUUACUAUUAGUAACAUCAGCUAAUUUGGACUUUAUUAAUAAACAAUAUUUUCCUAUCAUAAUUAAUCUGUUAACUUUUUUCAAGGAUGUUACAUGUUAACUGGAUGAUGGAAAGAGUGUGGACUUGGUGUACAUAGAUUUUUUUUAAUAUUUUAAAAAGUAUCACACAAAUGAUUAACUAAGAAUGGUUGGGAAAGACUAGUAAGUUGUACUAAUAAAAUAAUUGUUACUAGUUUAGUGCCUCUGUGGUCAAUGCUUGUACUUUUGCUAUUUCUUAUUUACAUUAAUAAUAUUGAUAGGGACAUUAUAAGUAAAGUUUGUGGAUGAAAUUAAAUUCUUGGAUAUUUCUAGCUGUAUGGAGGAUGUUGAAGUUUUACAGAAUGACUUGAAUCAUUUGUUUAGUUGGACAAGUAUUUUGCAGAGGACUUUUAAUUAUAGUAGUUUGGAUUACAUGUUUAAUAUAGAUGGGAACCCUACUUAAUAGCACAACUGAAGAAAAGGAUUUUGGCAUAGUGUUAGGCCUCACAUGGAGUACUGUGUAUGGUUUUCAUCUCUCUAUUUAAGGAAGGAUAUUGACUUAUUGGAAAAGGUUCUUAAGAGGGUUUACUAGGAUGAUUCUAAGGAUGAAAGGAUUAUGAGAUGAUGUCAUUCUGAACAAGUGACAGAGUCAAUAGCUAAAUUCCAAGUUAGCAGGAUUUGACGUGUUGAAAAUGAGUAAUAACACCCCAAUGCUGCAUGGCUUAAACCUUCAUCAUAGUUCGGAAAAUGGACAUAGUUCUGACUCUUCAAGUUCUCAGACCUCUUCAAGUUAUGUUAAAAUUGGAAUGGAAGGCAUGGAGGCUUAUACCAGCAGUGAAGAUGGUACAAGUGGUAUGACAACUCCACAAAAUACAUUGGUGGAACUUACCCUCUCUAGAAAUCUAGAUGAUUUCAACUUUGUUUCCCCAAAUUCCAGCACAACAGAUUUGAUGAAUAUAUCAGGUUCAAUUGAUAGCAGUGGUCUCAAAGGCUCAACUACAACACGUAAACGAACAAAAAAUAUGCCAGGAGCUUCAUUUCUUGAGCAAAGAGGACUUAGCUGGUUGCUGGAAGAAGAAAUUAGUGAUAAUGAUGAUGACAAGCCAUUAUUGGAAGAACUAGAGAUUGAUCCAAGAGAGAUCUUUUACAAAGUACGAUGUGUGGUAUUUCCAUUUCCUUUCCUUGGCUACAAACCACUUGUGCGAGACAGUCCUGACUUUUGGGGACCAUUGCUUGUUGUUUUCUUAUUUGCUCUUGUUUCCUUGUAUGGACAAGCAAGCGUCGCUUCAUGGAUCUUGACACUGUGGGUGUGUGGGUCACUUGUUGUUUUUCUUCUGGCUCGAGUGUUGGGUGGCGAGGUGAAUUAUUCUCAGUGCCUUGGAGUUAUUGGUUAUUCUGUACUGCCUUUAAUCAUCACAGCUACUACUUUACCACUUUUAAGUCCUUUCCCUUACAUUAGUCUUUGGGUAAAGUUUAUGGGAGUAGUGUGGGCCACCUAUAGUGCGGGAUCUCUUUUAUGUGUGCAUGAACUACAGGACAAAAGACCACUUUUAUUGUAUCCAAUAUUUCUUCUCUACGUGUAUUUCUUUUCUGUCUACUCUGGAGUGUGAUGUUUAUUUCUGAAUUCUGAUCUACAAGAAAAUGUUUGAAAUGUAGCAGUGAAGUCAGAAACUCCUAACUUAAACAGCAAGUCCAUCUUCAAACUAGAAGUUUUUAUCUAAAGACUUACUAACAAGUUGCAUAAGGAAUGGUGAAUUUAUGUAUGCAUCUCUUUCUCAAGAUAUUGGAAGUGUAUAUUCUGAUAUUUGUUGUUGAAGUAAGUUGGUUACCAGUUGUCUAUUGUUAAUCAAUAAUGGAAUUUACCCAUAAAACAUUAAUAUUUUCCAGUGGCACAUCCUUUUUUGCAUUUAACAAUUAACAUUUUGUGAUAAAAACAGAAAAUAUUUUUAAGUUACUAAUAUCUAAAAUGCACUGAAGAAACUGUUUGCACAUAGUCUAUUGUGUCAGUUUACCAUAUUAUAUAAGGUAUGUUUUAUUGUUUCAGCUUCAUGCUCUGUAGAAAAUGGUAGAGUUGAUGAUGUCUUUCAUUUCAUGCAUGUGUUUUUAUGCAUACUAUAAUGUGAUCAGAUAUUGUUGAUUUCAAGACAAAACAAAUUAAGACUGUAAAAUUUUCUUAUAAUUUUGAUAUAGGUACAGACAAUAUAAUUUGAGUUUGUCUUUUAUUUGAACCAUUUAUGAACUAAUCCCAUAUCCAACAGCAGGUGGCUCUAACUUGUAGACCUAUACAUUGAAGCUUAUAUAGAAGAACUACUUGAAAUUAAUAAAAAACGAUUAGGUAGUUAAAGAGUUAGAUAUUUCAUUUUUAUGGUGCAAAAUCAGUAAUAUAAACCAAUUUAUUCAUCCAUUUAUAAAAUCAGAUUUGUUCAGAAUAGUAAUUUAUGUUAGCCGCUUUUACAGUUGUAAUUUGAUGAAUCUGCUCAAAUAUGUGGGAUUCUCUCAUUCUUUUUUAACAUAUUAACAUAAGAAUCAUAUGAAGCAGCAGAAUGAAGUUUGAAAUAUAACUAAAAAACAUCAAAUGAUUUAUGGGUAAAGAGAUAAUUACAAGUUAUAUGUGUAUAAUUUCUUAAGCACUGACUGAUGGAAGCAGUUCUUCAUACAGUAGUUCAAACGAUAAUAUAUUAUAGGAAUCUCUGUUGUUUUUUUAUAACUACUUCAAAAGUUAAAGUUUCUAAGUUAAGUGAUUGUGUGUUUUUGAAAUAAAAGAAGAAUAAAGUAAAAUAUUUAAUUUCUAAGUUUGAAAGCUUAAAUAAGAUGUUUUGAAUUAAGUAUGAAGUGCUUUUGAACCCUUUUAUAAGGUAUAGAAAGUUCAUGUACAGUUUGCUCUUAGACUGAUCAUAAAAAAACACAUUAAAGACUGAGGCAGAGCCAAGCAGCAGAUUAGGCCUGACUUUUGUGAGUUUAUCACUUGUACCUUAAAUUAAUAAAGAAAAUGUGUUGAAUUGUUGAAAAGAGAAUUUUAUUAUAUAGUGAAGUCCUGAUUAAGUACAAGAAAUACACAAUGAAGUAUCUGUAACACUACUGUCACAUAUCCACUAAAAAUGAUUACAGCUGUGUUUUGCACAAUACUGAUGUUGUUCUUGUACAACUGGUUGAGAAAAUUUUAAAUCAUUAUAUUAUUCUGACCAUAACAGUGUGACAGUAAAGCUGAGUGCUUUAUAAUUACAGUAGAAAGGAAGACUUAACAUGGUGCUGAAUAUUUAUAGUUGAUGUCCACAAUGUAAUUUGUAAAAGAAGGCUCUUACAACUUUGGGUAUACUUUGCACAGUAAGCAAAAGGAACUUUCAUAGAAACAUGCUUAAAAUAUAAUUAUUAAUGUAUAUAAGUAUUGGCUAUGAUUGACAUAGAUUUAUUUUUAGGGAAUUUCAAUAUAAUGCCACUGUAUGUGAACAAAUUGCAAUGUACAUUUAUGUUUUUUUAAUUUAAAGUAUAUUUAAAUAUGAUGAUCAAUAUAUCUCAGUUUUGACUAUUGAAUGAAAAUUUUAAUUUGUAUGCAGGUUUAUAGUUUUUGACCAAGAAGAUGUAUGUAAAAAUGACCAUAACAAUUACAUUAGUACUUGCUUACUUAAACCAUAUUGAAACUAGUCUUACGUAAUAGAAACUGCUCAAUGAAUUCUAGUGUUUUAAGACUAGUGAUAAAUAUAGAUAUAUGCAUUUUCUGCAUGUUUUAAAAAAUGUAUAAGCAUCACAUUAUAACAAAAUUUAAUUCGUUCCAGGCAGUUAAUGAAACUUUCAGAAUUUGAUUUAAAACUGAUUUCAAGGGGAACUAAAUAUUUUUUUAAUUUCUUGGUGCAAAUUCAGUGCUUUAAUUUUAAGUGUGAAGAAUUUCGAUAAAUUACUCUUCAUCUUUUAUCAUGGCAGCUAAAUAUAGUUUAAAGUAAAAAUUCUAGGCUUAACAACAUGCAUUUUAUUUUUUCAUAAAUAAUUAAAUAAAUUAAAUUAAGCUAAAAGAUGAUUAUAUUAAGUGUAAACCAAGGUUAAAAUGUAAGUGUAUUCUAGAAUAAAUUGAAUUCGAAGAUAAUCAUGAUUAUCCAAGUGUGUGUAGUUUGAGUAUUAAAAAAAAAUUAAAAGAUCAAAUCUGAAACCUCUAGGGUUGCUUAUCCAUUACUUAUUUUUCCUGUACCUUGCAUUAUCAAGAUCUUUUAAUGCAUAUUCAUAAUAUUUCUUACUGUUGUACAAAAAAAAAAGAUUCCAUGAAAGAUUUCAUUAAAUGCACAUCAAUGCUCACACAUAAUGUUUAAUUGACCUAUGAGGGAUUAUUAGUUAAACUACUUGAGUAUGUAAUACAGCAUAUUACUUAAAUCAGACUAAACUUAUGUUGAAUUAAAAAAACUCUUUAUAUAGUCUUUACAAAGUUUGUUCAAUAUACAAACAUUGCUCAACCAGGACUUUUUAAGAAGGGGCUUUACUUUCAAUCCAGAUAGAGAAAGACAGCUAAAAAUAUAUGAAUACAAUUUAGUAAUUUCACUUAAAACAAGCAAAUGAAAUACAUCUAUCAAAAAUAAUUUCUUGCCAUUCUAUAAAGUAAAAAAAAUCAAAUGGAAUGCUACACGUAAUUUGAUGAAUGCAGUUUGCAUGAAUGUUAAAAAUUCUCGACAAUGACUUGUCAAGGCAAGAGUGUCGAUCAUCUGGUCCACAGAGAUGUUACAUUCGAGAUGUACUGACAAUAAUGCCAAACUCACAGUUGAAAAACUGAAACAAAGCUUUACAUGUCUUUCAUUUAUAUUGUAAUGACUAACUGAGUGAAUAACAAAAAAAGUAUAUAUAUUUCUCAUGGUUUUAAAGUGGUACACUUUAGAGAUAAGUAUUCAGUUUUUCCUAAUAUCUAUUUCUUUUGUACAAGU